UCCAAUUUAAAAGAAUACUUUUGAUUCAUUCAAUAAUCUCCCCGGGAUCUCUGCUUCCCCAUUCCUCCUCUCUCUUCCCUCGCCAUGGAUCUGUGGACGAGGGCCAAGGUAUUCGCCGAGGAGGCAGCGAAGCGGGCGGAGGAGGCGGCGAAACGAUCGCAGGAGCUGACAAAGGGAGCGGCCAAAUUCUCUCAGGAGUUCGUUUCCGAGACAGCGAAGAAGUCCAAGGAGUUGGCCGCCGAGGCCACCAAGGCCGCGGAUCAAUUCAAGACUGAAGCCCUGCGCCGUGCCGACCAGAUCAAGACCCUUGCCGCUGAGAUCCCUAUUCCCGUUAACGCCCUUACGGCCACCGCCUCUGGAUCCUUCAUCUCCAGGGAGCCUUCACUGGAUCUCGAGAAGUUUGGCAUUACGGACGAGCUCAAGGAAUUUGUUAGAGGACUCACCAUCAACACCUUCAAGGAUUUUCCCAUGGAAGAGGAAACAGAUAUCGACGAAAGCACAACACCAUCCAAUGUACGAAAGGAUCUCAAUGAAUGGCAAGCCAAGCAUGCUACUCUCAUUCUCUCCGCUGCAAAGGAUAUAUCAAAGUUCAGAUAUGAGCUAUGCCCACGCUACAUGAAGGAGAGAAAGUUUUGGCAGAUAUAUUUUAUUCUUGUGAACAGUCAUGUUGCCCCAUAUGAAAAGCAAUAUAUGGAGGAAAUAAAUAUGAAAGCAUUUGAACCAUCACAACAGGACAACCAGGCUAAAGAUACUUCAAGUAGCACUCCUGCUCUCAAGGAAGAGCUGAAAGAAUCCAAAUUGCAAAGCAAGCCUUCAACGUCCUCCACUGCAGAGCAAGACCUGGAUGUAUUUCUUUUGGGAGAUCUUGGAAGUAGUGACGAAGGACAAGAUGAUCGUGAUGAUGAUUUUGAUAAAUUAGGUGGCACCUCGGGUUUGGACAGUGAGGAAGACGAUGAGGCCAAAUCAAACCAACACAUCUAGACAGCUCAAUUGUUGCCUCCCAUGUAUGGGAGAUGAGCUAUGCUUGCAUGAUUUAGGCUGUCAGAGCUUGCCCAAAUUUUGGCGCUGCUGUCAAGAAGUUUUGAGGUGCUUUGUCCUGUGUAGAUUUCUUUCACGUACAGUUAAUUCUAUGGUAAAUUUUUAAAUUUUUUCCUCACUGCACGCUCUAAAUCUUUCUGACUAGGUUAAUUUGUUUUGUUCAAAAAAGGGAAAGCUGUAUGCGUUUCUUUUUAGUAGAUUAUAGUGAUAGAAUAAAACCAUUCUUUUGAAUCGAAAAAUAUGCAUUACAUAAUUGAUAUUUC